CGAACGUUCCCCGCAAUGGUCUCACGCAACUUAAUUUCGUCUGGAGUCUGCAUUGUCGACAUGAAGCCCUUCUCGACUGGGCAGCGCACCCCAGUCGCGAAAGCAGCGCCGCCGCCGCCACACCCAUCCUGCGCUCAACUCUGAUCACCUUCCGAUCACCUAUUUUGGGUCACCAGGGUCUUCUCGACCGAUCUAUGAAGACCUCCCGCGAACGGCGCGGUCGCAGAUUGCGCGCAGCUUCCCAGCGCAGGCGCCUCCCACCCCGCACACGCAGAUGGGUUCCCUCUUCUCUAUGGCGCAGAUUGCACGGCUGGCUGCGCGCUCUUCGAGUUCUGUUCACACUCCUGGUAUAUCCUCCGGGUCCGCCGACGUGUGCAGGCUACGAAGUCGUUAGGUCCGAAGGACGACGUCAUGACCUUUCCUCGGACGCCCUCGAUCACCUCUCGCGCUCAAUGAUGUUCCCCUCGGGCUCGACGAAGUUCGGAAUUCGGAUAGUAAUUUUCGUCUCUAAUCCCUCGAGGUCGCGAAGUUCUUCUAUCUCGUCGCCUCCGAGCCACGCGAAACUGGUGCGCAGGAUGGAUGACAUCGAUGUUGGAGUCCGCUCGAGGCGCACUUCGUCAUCCUGCCUCUUCCCCCGAGUGCAACGCAAGCUCGUCCGAAUCUGGUGGCUCCUUCCUCCUUCGAUGGGAACGUGCUCGCUUGCGGCGAAGAUGGAGAAGCAUCGAAGUCGGAGACGGAUAUAAGCGCGUCCCGAGCCGAGCGCGACAAUAUCCUGCUUCGCGUUGUUCUUUCUGACAAAAGGCCGCCGGGCGCCAAAGCGCUGACUUCACCUCGAUCUGCGAGAGGUGACCUCAUCUGAGCCUGCUCAUCCUGCUCCUCGAGCCCCUCGACACUGUGCUCCUGACCUCGCCGGUGUG